AUGGCUAACCCUAAGGAAACCCCAUCCAAGGCUGCGGCAAGUGCAUUGUCAGACCUAGAGCUCAAGGAUUCCAGGUCCAACCUGGCUGGUCGUCUAGAGUCCGUAGAGGAGUCUGCAGAGCAGACCAAGAAGUUUGAAGAGCGCCUCAGUAAGGCUGCCGAAGAGCACAGGAAUUUCCUCAAGUCUCACCAUGUGCACCGUCACCAGUUGAAGGAAAUGGAGAAAGACGAGCCGUUGCUGGUGGAGAACAAGCGCAGAUUCGUGUUGUUCCCCAUCAAGUACCACGAGAUUUGGCAAGCAUACAAGCGCGCUGAGGCGUCGUUCUGGACCGCCGAGGAGAUCGAUUUGUCCAAGGAUAUUCACGACUGGAACAACCGCAUGAACGAGCACGAACGUUUCUUCCUCUCGCGUGUGUUGGCAUUCUUUGCUGCGUCCGACGGUAUUGUCAACGAGAACUUGGUCGAGAACUUCUCAGCCGAAGUUCAAAUCCCAGAAGCCAAGUGCUUUUACGGGUUCCAGAUCAUGAUGGAAAACAUCCACUCCGAGACCUACUCUCUGCUGAUUGACACCUACAUCAAAGACCCCAAGGAGAGCGAUUUCCUAUUCAAUGCCAUUGAAAAUAUUCCUCAGAUCAAGGAGAAGGCCGAAUGGGCCAUCAGAUGGAUCCAGGACGAAGAGGCCCUAUUUGCAGAGAGAUUGGUCGCCUUUGCUGCCGUGGAAGGUGUUUUCUUCUCCGGAUCCUUUGCCGCUAUUUUCUGGCUAAAGAAGAAAGGUUUGAUGCCCGGUCUAACGUUCUCUAAUGAGCUAAUUUGCAGAGACGAGGGUCUUCACACUGAUUUUGCAUGUCUUCUAUUUGCGCACUUGAAGAACAAGCCUGAUCCAAAGAUUGUUGAGAGAAUCAUUACUGAGGCUGUCGAAAUCGAAAAGAGAUAUUUCAUCGAUGCCCUACCAGUGUCCCUACUUGGUAUGAACGCCGACCUAAUGAACCAAUAUGUUGAAUUUGUUGCCGACAGACUGCUAGUUGCUCUUGGCAAUCAAAAGUAUUUCAACGUUACGAACCCAUUCGAUUUUAUGGAAAACAUUUCUUUGGCUGGUAAGACCAACUUCUUCGAAAAGAGAGUGUCUGACUACCAAAAGGCAGGUGUCAUGGCCAAGGCCAACAAGGAGGAGGCUGAAGGAGGUGCCUUCACCUUCGAUGAGGAUUUUUAG